GAGUUGUGAAUUGUGAUAGGGAAGUCGUGGUGUGGUGGGGAAGCACUCCUCAUUUAUGUCAUGUGAAAGUGAAACCCGACCUCUCGACAGAAGAAGACGACCCUGCCUUGUUUUCCUUUCCCUUCUACUUUACCCUUUUGCUUUCACGAAGAGGAAACUCCUUCAACCCUUCGAAGAACUAACCUGCAUUCCUGCAUCGAAACCCAUCUUCAAUCAUGGGCAGCGAAUACGACUACCUCUUCAAGCUUCUGCUAAUCGGGGACUCCUCCGUUGGGAAAUCCUGCCUGCUCCUUCGAUUCGCUGAUGAUUCCUAUGUGGAUAGCUACAUCAGUACCAUUGGGGUUGAUUUCAAAAUCAGAACCGUGGAGCAGGAUGGAAAGACAAUCAAGCUGCAGAUUUGGGAUACUGCUGGUCAGGAGCGCUUCCGAACAAUAACAAGCAGUUACUACCGAGGGGCACAUGGAAUAAUCAUUGUUUAUGAUGUUACUGAGAUGGAGAGCUUCAACAAUGUCAAACAGUGGUUGAGUGAGAUUGACAGAUAUGCAAAUGACAGUGUCUGCAAACUUUUGGUCGGGAACAAAUGCGAUCUAGUUGAGAACAAAGUUGUAGAUACGCAAACAGGACAGGCGCUAGCGGAUGAGCUUGGCAUCCCUUUCCUUGAGACCAGUGCUAAAGAUUCAAUAAAUGUGGAGCAAGCUUUCUUGACAAUGGCUGCAGAAAUUAAGAAGAAGUAUAACUCUUAUGCUCGUUGCUUUUACUCUCACCUUAGAGUUGAAUACUAAUCUUAUUUGUGAAGCGUAAAGCUCCAUUAUAAAUGCAAAUACGUAUUGCUGUGGGCUUAAUCAUACUGCUAACAUCUUUAACAAGAAUAUCUAGCCAUGAUACACUACCUGUCAUGCAUUGGUGGCUGGCUGCUAGGAAACGUGGUCCAAUUAACCAUGUUCAGCAAUAACCUCUGACGAGGCAAUGGGUAACCAGCCGACUGCUACCAAGGCAACAGGAACGGUUCAAAUGAAAGGACAGCCAAUCCAGGAAAAGAGCAACUGCUGUGGUUAAGUGAGCUGAGUCGUGGUAUUUUGCUCUUCCAACAGAAGCCUUGUUGGAUGAUGGACAUUGUUUAUAUCGCCCGUAGAAGAAACUGUUGAACUUUUAUGCCUCUACCUGCCUAACUUAAUGAACUCGAAAGAGUUAUCAUAGAUUCAGUUCACAGAUCUUUCAUAUUGUUAUUAGAGUGGCAAAACUGACUUAAUGCAUGUAUUGCCCCUGACUUGCAACUCAGCCAGCCCGAGUUCGUCGAUGAUUUGGUGGUC